CGUUCUCACACUGAGUUAUGAUAAAAACGGCGUCGUUGCUGUCUAGAAAAAAUAUCAAAAUUGCAUCUAACUCCUUUUCCCUUUCUCCCCCAAUUGACAUCUUUCUAGGGUUUCGUAUCUCGCUCUUCUUCGAGGAAUCGAUCUUGUGCAAUAAUAACAGGGGUGGUUAAGCAAUGGGGAAGAGGAAGUCAAGGGCAAAGCCGGCUACAACGAAGCGAAUGGACAAGCUUGACACUGUCUUCAGCUGUCCUUUUUGCAAUCACGGCUCUAGUGUCGAAUGCCAAAUUAAUAUGAAGGAGAUGAUUGGUAUUGCCACUUGUAGAAUCUGUGAAGAAAGCUUUAGCACUACUAUCACAGCUUUGAGUGAAGCUAUAGACAUCUACAGCGAAUGGAUUGAUGAGUGCGAGAGGGUCAAUACUGUGGAAGAUGAUGUUGAGCAAGAAGAGGAAGUAGAGGAAGAAGAAGUAUAUGAACAAGAAGAAGAAGUGGAGGAAGAGGAUGAUGAAGAUGAACGUGUGUCUGUUAAAAGGAAGUUUAACUACCGAGACGAUUGAUCUUUUUAUUGAAAACCAUGCAAGUCCUUUUAGACAUUUCCCUUAUGUUGUAAUAUCUACUGACACUCGUUGUUACCUAUCACCUUCGUUUCCUUUUGUUUUACAUUUACUGAAACAGUAA